AUGAUGAUACCUUUUUCGGGAAAUGAAAGAACACCGGAAACGACAGAAUCAUCAAUGGAUUCGUCGACGGAAAUGGAAAAAACAAUUUUGACACCGGAAAGUAAAAUAAAAGUUAAAUUAAACGAUACGGACGAUUUAGAAUUCGAAAUAAAGAAACCGGAAAAUUUAACGAGCGAAUCACUUUUAAGGAGUAAAUAUCCGGAAAAAAUAUCGGAAGUCACAGCAGAAGAUAUUUUACCGCUUUUACCGCAAAAUUUAACGUAUUUUUACCCGCUGAUAAAAGAAAUUAAAAAUGAAAAAUGUCAAAAACAAUCAAUUUAUUUUUUAGAGGGACUUCAUAAUUUGACAAAAUGGGCCGUACAAAGUAAGUUUGUUUUUUUUUUUUUUUUUUUUUUUUACUAA